AUGACCGAAGUAUUGAAUCCCCAACAUCAGUUUCUUGUUAUCUCGCUUUUAGGCGACUCUCUUGCUGCUAUCAAGGCUCAACAGCCCAAGAAAAUCCUUAGCAUCAAUUCUGGACUUUAUUGUGGAAUCCAAAUGCUAGAGUCAAUAAAGCAUCUCCAUGAUUUAGGCUUUGUACACAGAGAUAUUAAGCCUUCUAACUACAUCCUGGGCAUUUCAAAAACCAGCUCUCAAAAUAUCGUCCAUAUAAUUGACUACGGAAAUGCCAGGAAGAUUGUUGGAGAUGAUGGGAAGCUAGAAAUCCCAAGAACUAAGGCUAGGACGAUUAAAUUUGCUUCCCGUGCAAUGCAUCGUGGAGUCGAAUCGGGCUUUAAGGACGACGUUGAGUGUUGGCUUUAUGCGUUGGCUGACAUCAUCCUUAGAGCAAAUGUUACUUGGAGGUACGAAACAAAUGUGGAAGUGGUUGCUGAAAUGAAGGAAGAGGUGUUCAAAAAUACUGAAACACUGUUUCCGGGACAAGAGUUUUCAGAACUGCGGCAAAUUAUGAGUUAUUUAGCCAGGAAGGAAUAUGUGGAUAAAAUGGAUUACGAAUGGCUCCGUCUUAUGGUCAAAAGAAUUGCAAAACGCAAGCGGUGCAGUCUAAAAGUCUAAAUUAGUCUUUUUGAACUACAUAAAAAGCGGGAUUAUGCCGACAAACUCGACUACGACUAGUUUCGAUAGAUGGUUCGGCGGGUGGCAAAAAAGAGACGCUGCAGCCCUCAUCCACCGUUUGAUUGGUCCAACCGAAGAAAAGAAAGAAACCUGAUAAUGCCAUUAUUCUGUUGUUGAUUAUUUUCAAUAUGAGCUGAUGGAAGGCUUGAAUUGCUGAUGAAAGGCUAAUAUUUUGUUUGCUUUUUGUAUUCUUCUCAAUAAUAUCGUUUUCCAUGAUAAUUGC